AUGGAUGCUAACUUGACCAAAAAGAGUCGAAAUGUCCUACUUGCUCACCUUCUUAUCAACCGGGUAGGCAAGCCGUCGCUCAAGGCGUUCCUUUACGCGUAUCUUUACCUAGUACUUCCAAAGGUAAUCAAAGCCAUUGCAAGUGGGGUGAAAAAGGGAAAAUAUGGCAGGAUAAUACCAAGAAUGAAAAAGACUAUGGUGAAAGCGUUACACCCGUACAAGUUCCCAAUGUUUGCUGCUAGCUUGAUCACCGGGAUUAACGUCUUGGAGCCCAUAGUGUACGGUCUUCUUAGGAAGUCUAGAUUCCUAAAGAGACCUUCGUCAGCUUUAUUUGUUUCGACAUUAGCAUCAGCCUUGGCUUCAGCAUUAGUUACAUUCCCUUUGUUCCAGAGCCACGUUGUUGGUUUUGGAAGAUACAAUUCGCUAGAUCUCACUUUGUUGGUGGCCACUCGGGCCUUAGAUACUGUGUUUUCAUCCACAUUGUCCCAUAUUACACCUGCAGGAAUUAGCCAGUACGGAGAUGCUUUAUUAUUUAUCAUCAGCAGCACUUUAGUUAUGUUUUCUUGGUUUUAUCAUCCAGAGAAGUUACCGCCUGCUUACUCCAAGUGGAUAACGUCCGCAGCCAAUAUGGACCCUGAUUUUAUUGAGGUUUUAAGGUUGGUUAAGAAUAAGGACUUGAUUUAUGGCCAACACGGCCCGUAUGAGGAUUACUUAGCCCCAUACUUUGUUAAAUACGGUAAAGACCCAAGGGGAGGAAAUACUGUAAUAAAUCAACCAAUAAACUGCGAAGCCGUACACGCUUUCAAGUGCAAAAGCUGUGAGCUACACGCAUUGUGGAGAUUCUGGAGAGGCUUUAAGUUUGCAGUUACGGUAUAUGGACCACUAAAUUUGUUCAUGUUGGUAUUCCCGCUGAAAGUAAAGACUUCAGCGAGAUUGCUCAGGGCAAUAAAGUCCACUUUUCGCUCCUCAUGUUUUUUGGGUGCAUUCAUUGGCCUUUAUUGGUAUGGAGUAUGUUUGGCGAGAACAAGAUUGUUACCCAAAUUGUUUCCCAAUAUCCCAAGACCCAGAUUUGACGAUACUAUUUGUGCAGCUUCAGGGGCUAUUAUGUGUGGUUUUUCGUCAUUCGUAGAGACAAUGCAAAGGAGAAAAGAGUUGGCAUUGUUUGUUGCUCCGAGAGGAUUGGGUACAUUGGUCCCCUCCGAACCUUCAGAGAAUAACUUGAAAAUAGAAAGCUUUGUCUUCUCAAUUAGCUUGGCUAUAUUAGUCGCAUAUUCCAGAAAUAGGUCAUCGAGUGUUCGAGGUAUUUUCGGGAAGGGUCUUAAACAGAUAUUCAAUGUUCAGGAAUACAACUAA